GGGGUCUGGAAGUCCGAGCAGCAGCGGGUACCGCGUUUCCAAAGCCCGGACAUGAAGGUCGCGGUGUUGGACCUUGGGUCUCUCUUUGCCAAAAUCUUCAAGACCUCGACGGCGCCCCCCGUGGUCCCCUCGCCGGUCGCCUCCAGCCACUCGGGAGGAGCUGCCCCCCCAGGACCCGCGGGUUCCGGCUCCGGCCCCUCGCUCACGGCCGCCCCGACUUUGACCCUCUUUCCGGCCCUGGCAUCGGACUCGCCGUCUGCCCCUCGGAGGGCGCACGCCCCGCUGCAGCCCGCGCCCGGCGCGCCCCACCCUCUGCUCACCGCCUCCUACCCCAGGGUGUCGGGCGCGAGCCGCGGGUCAGAAGCUGGAGGGACCCCUCUUUCGCUGCCUAAUAGCCCGAGGUCGGCCAAAUUCCAGCCCCUGCCCGUGCCCCUGCCCCCAGGCAGUGGGAGCUGUAGCGCCGCCGGCUCCCCAGCCCACCUAGCGUUGGUGGCGCGGGCGCCCCUGGGUCCCGGUGGGAUCUGGGCGGCGCUCCCGCGGGUUCCUCGCCAGCCUGGCCCCGCAGAGCGAGAGCCCAGCACAUGGGUGCCCCCAGGGCCCGGCCCCAAGACCCUGUUCUUCACCCUGCCGGACAUCGGUGAGGAGUGGGCCUCCGACAGCGACCCGGAGAGCGACUUGCGUGGCGGAGAAGUAAAAGGACUGUCAGAGGGAUCUGGAAAGCAUAGCUCUACUGUGAAAAGCAAAGAUCCUUUACCUACAGAUUUUACAAGAAAUGUGCAAAAAGCCAUUGAUAAAUAUACCUGCACAUCCGUGUCAUCUCUUUCAUCCAGUGGCAGCUCCACACCCACAGAAGCCCACAACUCUUGGUCUGGGACCCAGAGUUCAACCACUGGCUUAUCUACAGAGAGGAGCUCAGUUUACUCUUGGAGAGAUGAUGACUUUGAUAACGCCAGUGCACAGAAAGUACAGCAAUUAUUCUGGGAAGUGGAGGAAAUGCUAUUUGAAGGGAAAGUAAGCCCUCAGACUCAGAAUCUACAAGCUGAAUGCAGUGAGUGGGCGAGAAGAUCCCUCCACCUGAGAAUCUUAGGAAAACAGCUGAUCCUGCCGAGUGAUGAAGGGUUCCAGCACUUCCAGGGCAGUGAGCCUCGGGCUGCAGCCCACAAAUCCUUUCUUAAUACCUGCGAGCGAAACAGCAACAUCCGAGAGUUAUGCAUCUCCGGCUCCCACAUGGUCCCAGCCCUGCCAAACUUGGGGUGCCCGGGGGCAGCUGACCUGAUGACAGGUUCAUCCCUAGAAGAAGAGGUCUAUGAUGUGGAUGGAAAUACUGAAGAGUACUUCGCUUUUGACAGAAAAGAAGAUGACAAUGACUGUCUUGAACAAAAACCAGCUCAGCGCCAUAGGAGGUGGCAUAAGCAUGGACUUCCUCCAGUUUCCCCUCACGACUGUAUCAAAGAUGCGAUAGUGGCAGAAGUGUUUGACAACAUCUGGACAAAUAUGGUAGAAAUACUGGAAGAGCUGGUUAGAAAAAACUGGGACAUGGCACUCACAGAAGGAAAGAAACAAAAAUUAAAAGAAGCUGGGAAUAAAUCUCCCCAUGUACUCAAUUCCUGCACUAAUGCUGAUAUAUCAAGUGUUCCACCUUCCAGAAGUUCUGAAACUCGAAGCAUCUCCCUGAUUUCUCAUCUUAAUCCUCCUCAGAUUCACCGCUUCUCAAAUAAUUUUUGUAAUGAUCUGAAAGGUGUGAUGACGAUUCAAGCAAAACCACUUCAGCAGAGACCUACGUAUUGCACAGACAGGACCCAGAAUGAGCUGGAGGACCGAUCCCUGAGCGCAGGGGCCAGUGCUCUUUCCCUGCCCAGGCACCGCCUGGGACGCCUCUCAGAUCCUCGCGGUCCACAGACAUCUGCAAAGAAAACACCCACACACAGGAGGCUGCCUUCUCUUACUUCAGACUCACAGAGGAUGAGAACCCCCAACGUGUACAGUGAUGAAGUCCUUAGGGGGACAAAACUGCAAACUGGCACAGACCUCCUGUCCUCCACGCCAGUUCAGAGCUCACGGAACAGGUUACCCCCAAUAGGCGCAGACACUGGGGAACAGAAUGUGGCAGUUUCUGGAUCUCGCCCUGUUUCUUACAGAGGAAGGCACCCACAAAACCGUGUGUUAAGUGCCAUACCUGAUAGUAUAGAACGGUCACCUCUUCGAGAAAGAACUCUUCCCAUGGAACAGUUUUCAAGGCCUAACACAACCCAUACAUUUCGGUCAGAUACCCCUCGAAAAGGCUCACUGACCCAGAUGGAGUUUGCUGGUCACACAUGGACAGGGCAAAGUUUUGUAACAGGUUCACAGUAUCAGCUCAAAUCUUUUCAGAGGACAACUGUGACUUCCAGAAAGAGAUUCCAAGUGGCAUCCUGACAGUCUUGCCAGAAAGACAGCACCUGCUGCGAUCUUCAAAGCCUCGACAUGACACACUGUCACUUUAAAAUCACAAGUAUUAUACUCUGUAUGGGUUUGUCUGACAGUCUGAGAUGUUAGACUAUCUGAGAGAAACAAACAAAUAAACAACUUAAUUUUGAAUACUUUGCAUGCUGAAGAGACUACAAGUGGACCUCACCAACCCUUUUUUGGAAGAUUCCCCCACAUUCUUUAGGCUUGGCUCAGGAGACCCUAACAUGUGUUGAUAUUUCAUCAUUUCAGCAAUUACACACACACGCGCACACGCACACACACACAUACACAACUAGUGAAUGUAUUCAUCCUACUUAAUGUGUCAGAGUACAUUAUCUAGGAAUAUGCCAUUUUGUAAUUUUGCAUCUUAAACAAUUUUUUUGUGUCUCUAUUAUUAAUUUCAUAUUAAUUUCAUUAUUAAUUGCAUAAAUUCCUCUACUAAUAGAUGAUAAUCUAUUAGUAGACUAGAAACUAGUCAUCUUCACUACAGUAUGUCAGUUUCAUUAAGAUUCAGGUCACUCUAGUCACUGCAGAGUUUCCUAUACAUAUUUUAAAAAGUGCUUUAGCUAUGAACGUCUUUGAGGAAUGUCAGUGGCUAAGUCUACCGAUGCAAUUUUGUUUUACUCGUUUUCAUGUUCAAAUCCAGGCAAUUAUUUAAAAGUAUUCCACACUGAUUUUUAGAACUCAAUAUAAAAUGAGAUAAAACAUAUGGCAUGUGGUUUCUUUCUGUUUGCAAUGGAAGUGCCCAUUCACUGGGGACGGCUUCCAGUAGCAUCUUCCUGAUUCAUCACAAUCUGCUGGAAUACCACCUCAGCAUAAAGCCUUCCCUUAUCCCUGUGUCUAAAGCAGCAGCUCCCUCCUGUGUCCUCUGACUCUGCUUCACUUUUCUUGAGCACAUAUAUCCCUACUGGGCAUGUAUGGAGCAAAUGGUGCAGACCGUGCAAGGGAGCAGACAGUACAAGGGAGCCAUUAGCAACUGAGGGCAGGCUCUAGGUUCAUUUUUCAUUUGUACCCAGCCCCUAAUGAUUCAAGUCCUUAGACUCAUCUACAUUCUCACAUCCCAAAUCACCAUAAUUUCUUCUUUUCUGUCAGAUAAUUACAUUUUAUCAAUUGAAUUUUUAUCAUAUAAGUAUAUUUUUUUAGACAUUUCCAGCUGUAAGAGUUUUGAUUUUGUUCUUUUACCUAUUUAUAAGUAUAUUUUUUUAGACAUUUCCAGCUGUAAGAGUUUUGAUUUUGUUCUUUUACCUAUUUAUAAAUGUCUAGAAAUUACAAGGUAUGUUUGGGCCUGAAUUAGUGUGGUCUUCUGUCACACAGCAGCAAAACAAAAACAAGCAUAGAGCCUGGCCUCCCACUGAGCAUUUCUCAGUCACCUUCUCUACUACAUUUUCUAUAGAUUGUGACCUGGGCGGGGGUGUAGAAGUGGGAAUGAUCAUUGUAAGCUCAUUUCAUUUGGAAGGCCCAGCUCCACGACUCUAGGUAACAUUCCUAAUGCUUAGUCACCCACCCAAAGUAAACCAAGCAUGUUGAGAAUUUUCUAAAUGAUCCCUAUACUUUACAGAAAUUUUCAACAGAAAAUAUCAGUGAUCCCAUAUUGAAAUAGGAAGAAUUUCUAGAUGUGAGCAUUUUGGAUCCCUGUUCCUAAGGAGUCUAUUUGGGUGCAUUCUGGUCCAUAAUUACAGCUAAUGUGCAAUUUUCCACCUCUCUGCUCCUUCGGCCCCAUUCAGGCUGCUUUAUAUCACUGUCCAGAAACCACCCACUCCUUCCCUAAUCAGUCCUGACUUCUUAGGAAGGAAAAUGACCAACAGCAUCCUAAACUAACAUCAAGGUAGAAUAUCCAAGAUAAAUUAUUGUUUAUAGAGAAUAAUUGAACACUGUCAGCUUCACUUUAUUUGGCUUCCAGUUUUUGCAAAUAAGAAUGUUAUUUAUGUGUGUUGAUAAGAAUGCUUUAAAAAAUAUAAACAAUUAUCAACAUUUUCUAAACAUUUUUGAUUGAAGAUAAAUUAUCAUUUUAUUUUAUUAUUGAAGUAACAUUGGCUUACAGCACUGUAAGUGAUUCAGGGGAAUAGGUUAACACCGCCUCAGAUGUGUUCCACCACCACACCACACCCACCACCAGGGCACCUCUAUUCCUUUAUCCUGUAUCAUUGAGCCCACUCCUCUCUUUGUUCCAAAUAUUUCUAGUUUUUUUUUUUUUUUUUUUGGUGUAGUUUUGCCAGUUCCUUUAUUUUGUUUCUCUGUAUUCCACAAAUGAGUGACAUCAUCUGGUGUCUGUCUUACUCCCUCCUGCUUAUUUCAUUUAGCAUAUGCCCCUCUAGUUCCAUCUGUUAUCCCAAAGAGCAAGUGUGCAUCCUUUUUUUUAUAGCUGAUAGUAUUCCAUCCUGUGUGUCUAUCACAUGUCCUUUACUAAUCUUUGAUUGUUUCCAUGGCUUGGCUAUUGUGAAGAAUGCUACAAUGAACACGGGAGUGCAUAUAUCCCUUCUAAUUAGUAAUUCUGCAUUCUUUGGGUACUUAUCAAGGGUAGAAUUGCUGGAUCAUACGCUAGUUCGAUUUUUAGUAUUUUUAGAAACUUGAAUAUUGUUUUCAUAGGGGCAGGGUCACUCUACAUUCCCAUUAACAGUGUAUGAGACGUCCUUUUCCUCUACACCCUUGCCAACAUUUGUUUCUGGUCUUUGUCUUUUUGAUAUGGGCCAUUCUCACUGGGGUGAGGUGGUGUCUCAUUGUGGUUUGAUUUGCAUUUCCUUGAUGAUAAAUGAUUUGGAACAUUUUUUCAUAUGCCUGUUGGUCAUUUAUGUCUCCUUUGGAGGAGUGCCCAUAUUUAAUUGGGAUUUUUUUUUUUUAUUAAGUUGUAUCAGUUCUUUGUAGAUUAUGUGCAUACCCCUUGUCAAAUGUAUGAUGUGCAAAUUUUCUUUCAUUGAUGAGGGUAUCUUUUCAUUUUUAUGGUAGUUUCUUUCAUGGUGCAGAAGCUUUUUAGUUUACUAUAAUCUCAUUUGUUUAUUUUUGCUUUCAUUUUUUGUUUCUUUUAGCGUCAAGUCCCCAAAGACACCACUGAAGCUAAUGUCUAACUGUUCUGCCUAUGUUUUCUUCUAUGUAUUUUAUUUUCUGGUUUAACAUCCAAGUCUUUAGUCCAUUUUGAGUUAAUUUUUGUGUACGUUUUGAGGGUCUCAUUUUAUUUUUCUGAAUGUGGCUGACCAGUUCUCCCAACUCUAUUUAAAUAGACUUUCCUUUCUCUAUUGUAUGUUCUUGGCACCUCUGUCGUACAUAAACUAUCCAUAUAAAUGUGGGUUUACUUCUUGGAUCUCAAUUCGAUUCCAUCAAUCUGUGUGUCUUUUAUUCCAACACCACAGUUAAGACUUCUAAUUUUCGGUUUCACUGAUCUUUUGAACACUUUUGACCUCGAUUUCAUAUAUUUCUGAGAUAACAUAUAGAUCAGGCUUUUUUACUGACUUUAAAAAGUUGUCAGGGUAUAUAUUUUUAAGCCUUUAAUAAAGACAAUAUUUCAUUUUAAUGUAAAUGAUAUUUAAAGGUUAGUAAAUAAUCUUACACUAAGGAUGGUGCUUUUUAAAUGGAGUAGAUAAAAAUCAGGACAAUGGUUUCAUAAUAAUAACCUACUUUGAUAAAUGAGUCUUAUUUUAGAGUUCUCUAUUGGAAAAGGAAAAUUGAAGUUCUCUUAAAUCAAUUUUCAACUAAGUCUAGAGCUACAUUAAUAUAAAUGUCUCUCAGUUUAUCAAAAACCGAGAAGUAAUUUAAAAAUAAUAUAAAAACAUAAGAUAACAAGUGAAGGGCUAGGUUUUAUAAACUUAAUAUGAAAAGAAAUCUUGC